CAGAAGCGUGUCAAACAACUUUUCAUUCAGCAUUAGGCUGAUAUAUGUAUAUAUGUAUAUUUCAAUUUGCUUCGUUUUUGCGCUGUUUGAUUCGUCAUUCUCAAUCAUGAACGCACAGAGAGGGGAUAGUCAGAAACGACUUGCAGAUGAGCAGAAUCAAGCAACACCCCAGCACUGAAUACCCCAAGAAACCAGCAGAGGAUGUUUUGACACCUUCAUUUGUUCCUCCAGCCUUCCUCUCAACAAUGGACCUCUUUUUGCAGGGAUCCUCUUUAAACUUAUCAAAACUGCUCCACAAUAUCAGCAUUCCUGUCAACGCCUCUGGGAAUUAUACUAACAACCAGUUCACAGAGGUCAACCUCUUUGAAAUCCUGGGUCCGAAACGCUCUCCCUUUUUCUUCCCAGUGACCAGUAUUUACCUUCUCAUCUUUCUCAUUGGCUUGUCUGGAAAUCUGCUCACAUGUGCAGUGAUUGCAAAGCACAAAAAAAUGCGUAAUCCUACAAACUUUUACCUUGUGAGCCUGGCUGUAUCGGAUCUUCUCGUGCUUUUGUUUGGGAUGCCCUUGGAGAUUUAUGACCUGUGGGAAAACUAUCCAUUCCCCUUUGGUGAGGGUGGCUGCUACUUCAAAACGUUCCUGUUUGAAACUGUGUGCUUUGCCUCCAUCCUUAAUGUCACAGCUCUGAGUGUGGAGAGGUACAUAGCUGUGGUAUAUCCACUCAAAACACGAUACCUGUCGACUAACCAGCACGCCAAACGGGUCAUCACCAUUGUGUGGGUGGUUUCAAUGAUCUGUGCCAUCCCCAACACCUCACUGCACGGCAUCUUCUACCUGCCAGAUAGAAUGGAGGAGUCAGCUAUUUGCACUGUGCUGAAACCUUUGUGGAUCUAUAACCUGGUCAUGCAAAUCACAACUGUCUGCUUCUAUUUUAUACCCAUGAUGGUUAUUAGCAUGCUGUACUUAGUCAUGGGCCUUCAUUUGGGGAGAGAAAGGCGGCAGUCCAGUGGGAACCUGGGAAAGAACUGUUGCAGCACUCGAAGGAAGAUGAGAGUGGAGAAUGGCCGAAGGAGACAGGUCAUCAAAAUGCUCUCAAUCGUGGUGGCAGUGUUUGGAGUCUGCUGGGCACCCUUUCACAUCGAGCGUCUCCUGUGGAGCUCUAUCAGCCAGUGGACCGACUUGAUGCACAACAUUUAUCAGUAUGUCCACAUCCUGUCUGGCGUCUUCUUCUACCUCAGCUCUGCAGUCAACCCUAUCAUCUACAGCCUGCUCUCCACGCGGUUCAGAGAGUGUUUUCGAGAACUUGUUUGUUCCCAGGGGGAGGACAGUAACUCUGUCAGAGACUCCCCUCCUUUUCCUAAAAUUUUGCUGGAUCCCUCCGUUGCAAGUUCAAGGGGUCAGGCCGAGGGGAAGGACUCUAAUGCUUUCAUCCCUUUGCUGUCUCCUAACAUGACACUGAGUAUGGACACUGAAAUCCUCACAUGUGCUUGUACAGACACAACGUGCAAGACCUCUGUAUUCUGACAUUUUAUUUGAACAAGCUAGAAAGCAGCUGGUGCAGAAAUAUUGUAAACUGACAGAUUAACAUUUUGGAUCUUAGGUUUAUUUGUUUCCAGAAUUUGUUGACAUGAUGCUGUAUGAUGAAUACUGCCAGAAGAAAAUGAGCUUAGCUUAGAACUGAGACUUGAAACAAAUGAAGACAAGUAGGCUGUGUCAUAAUGUAAUGAAACUGUCCCGUCUUCUCGUCUCUGACCCUUUUAUUAACAUUGGCUCAUCUCAAAAGUAAAAAAGGUUCUAAUUGAUGAGCCAUGUAAAUCCAAAAGUUGUUUUCGUGUUGUAUUUUAGUGCAAAGAGAGAUCAUUUGGAAGAAAACAACAAAAUCUACUGCAAAAUCAUGACACUGGAAAUGUACGAAUUUUUGGCAGUUAGGCUGCUGAGACUAUGAAGCAUGAUGUUAUUGGGGACUGGGACUGGACCCCCUGAUGUUUAGUGGUGGUGGUGGAGCAAAAAUAUGGUUGAUGAACACCAUAAAGAUGAGAUUCACUGAAGAACCAGUCUGAGAUUGAGAUGGGGAGAAGCAAUGCCUAAAGGGCAUAGUGACAGUGAGGAUAGAGAAUAGGAACUACUGGCUGAUUGGCUUGGAGAGCACAGAUUUCACUGGAGAAGAGUAGUGACAAUGGCAGUUUUUUUAGGAGAUGAUUUCGAAAAUGAUGUGAUAAUAAAAGAGACAGCAAAAAAAUAGCUGACAGGAUAGGAGGUUGAAUGUGAAAGAACCCCCCCCCCCCUUUUUAAAAUAUCAAGAUACCUGUAAAAAUACAUUGUAAGGGUAAAGGGCAUAUAUUUGUUUUUUAAAUCUUUGAGAGCCAAGCUAACCGUCCCCCUAUAUUUACAGUCUUUAGUUGCUUAGCUUUCCUGUAGCUCCAGUAUCAUAUUUAGCAGUAGUAUUAUGGAUAUUCUCAUAUAAUCCUAGCAAAGGAUGUGGAUAAGCAUAAUUUCCAGUAUGUUUUGCUAUUUUUUUAAACUUAUUACAUGUCACUAAAAAGCUUGGAUGUAAAAUGAUUAUUUAUUCUUUGUUUGAAGCUUUGAAUCAUAUUUGACAACAGUGCCUGCAUAUUUUACCUGCUGUCUUAUUUUUUAACUGCUGUAUGCCUUAUGUCGGAAAGUGGAAAAUCAGAUCGAUCUGAGCCAAAUGAUUACAUGUUGUAAUUGAUAUGUUGUACCUGAAAAUUAACGUGAUGCUAAUUUGCAAAAAGAAGUAGUAUAUGUCUCUGUGUUUCAGUGGGACAAAGAAUGUGAUAAUUUAUUGUGAGCUGUUGCUAAUAUUUUUGGGGUUUUUUUCUCUUGUUGCAUGGCCAGCCGGUAAGCUGUUGUUCACUGUGAUUGCAAAAAUGAAAACUGAUUAUGGCUAUUGUGCAAUGGCUAAUUCAAAAGCAAAAUAAAUAUUAAGCUGUCUCUACAUAGCUGUCACAUGUUUGAACUAUGUAAAUGCUGGCAACACAUUAUUAGAGUGCUGUUAUUUUGAUUACUGAACCAUGAAACUGAAGAGUUUAUUCAUCACCGUGAUUGCAUUACGGAAUUUCUUUUUCCACAAGAGUUUAUAGACCUUGUGUGGUUUGAACCAAAAUAAUAAGCUAGGACAUAUUGACUGGUUGAAUGUAUUGGGUCUUUAGAGUCACUAGUAAGUUGUCCUACUGCCCUUGUGUUGCUGGCCUAAAUAUGUGGUAGUCUUCACCAAUCCCACCACAUAUUACAGGCUGUAUACCCACCUCACUUAGCAAUAGAAUAUGUUAUUCUUACCUUUUUGCUUAUUAUUUAGGUAUCCUUGAUCCAGUUACCUUUUUUAGGCCCAUUGGCCUCGCUGUUGGCUUUCCAGCAGGUGGUUUUCUACGCUUUUUUGUUAUGAAUGAUUACUGUUGAAGCAGGGGCACUGCAUACACGCACACACACACACACACCUCUAAAUAUACUGACAGUUGUUAUUAUGGUUAAGAAUUUUUAGCAUAUUGGCCAAUCCUUUGAGCAAUGGUUGAGAAUUGAUGCAUGGUAUAAUACGUGUUUUUUUUUUUUUUUUUUUUAAUUUGCCACUACACCGCAUGAGUCAAAUUAUAUUUUUUUGCUUUCCACUAUUGAUCAGAAUAAGCUUUAAUCCGUCAGCUGUGACAACAUUGAAUUGAAUAGCAGAAUGGCAGUUCUGCAAGCCACGGCAGGAUGAAAUGGAUACAGUAGGGAGAUUUGCAUUCAUAUUCACUCACUUUCACUCAUUGGACUGGAUGCUUGAACACUAAACAACAUUUUCAAUACAGAUUUCAUUUCCAUAAAAUUCUCAGACAUGUUAUCUAAUACAAAACAAAAUAUCGGCCUUUGCAUUAUACGUUACUUUUGUUCUCUUGAAUGUGUUAUC